GGAUCCUCCCAACCCAGGGAUCCAACCCAGGUCUCCCAUAUUGCAGGUGGAUUCUUGACCGCCUGAGCCUCCAGGGAAGCCCGUCUUUUCCAUUUGAUAGAGAGAAGACAGAGGCUAGCAGCUUGCACCUCCGUCCUGGGCUCCGCAGGCUCCACGCCGCCUUGCUCUCGCUUCUCUGGAGCGGGAGGAGGGGCACAGAGCUUGGAGUCGCACAGGCCGGGCACUAGGCACGCUCUGCCUCUGGGCUCUGUGUGACUCCAGACCAGGCUUCUGGCUUCUCUGUGCCUCUACGCGCCUGCGGAAUUCCCAGCAGCUUGCUAAAGGAAUAGGAAGGAAAAUGUUGCCCGGGGCACGAGAGGUGUGCCAGGAGCCAUGCUCCCCACACGGCUGUGGACCUGCCUCCCGCUGGGCUGCUGAGACCAAGUCUCCAUGACCUUCUAUUUGUUUAGACCUUUGUUCGCCUCGGUGCCAGGAAGUGUUGGUCCCUGACCCGAGUGUGGCCACCUAUGAUUUCCUGACUGGGGCCGUGGGGGCAGGGCCCUGAGCAGUCCACGGUGUCAUCACCGUGCUGAUGAAGAAUGCCCCGGGCAGGGCUGGGCCAUCAGGGGCCUUCCUGCUGCCCCUGGUUACCUUGGCCAUGGGGUCCUGGAAUCUUAGCGCCCACAGAAGGCUUGGAGACGCCCUGCUGCAAUUCCUGUUUUAGUUUUUCACAGACGGGGUAACUGAGACCCACUGUGAGGAAGUGACUUUCACCUCUGGAUGGGGCAGAGCUCCUACGCAGGGAACUUUCGUUUUUGGACCUGCCUCCAGAACCCUGGGGAUUUCCACUGGAGUGGUGAUCACCCCCACCGAGAAUCCCAGACUGCUCGGAGGGCCCAGGGGACACAAAUGACUGGACACUCCUGGAGCCUGCAGUCACCAUCCAGGGGGUUUUUGCACCACCAAGGGUAAUUUCUGUCUCUUCCCUGCUGUGACUCAGCUGUGACGUCGAACCAUACAAGCCAGCCUGAAGAUAAAGGCAUCAGCCACCCGAGUAUCAGUGGGUGGCCCAGCACAGUGCACUUCUCCAGCACAGACUUCGAGGGGCUGGGCCUCUGCCCUGAGGAGCUUGGACCAGGCCCCGCACCUGCAGCCCGCCUGGGACCCCAGGAUGGCCUCUGGCUCGGGCAGCAGCCCCCGCCCGGCCCCUGAUGAGAACGAGUUCCCCUUUGGGUGCCCCCCCACCGCCUGCCAGGACCCCCCAGAGCCCAGGCCUCUCUGCUGCGCCGUCUGUCUCUCUGAGAACGCGAGGGAUGAUGAGGAUCGGAUCUGUCCCAAAUGCAGAGGGGAUGGCACCCCGUCUGAAAGUCCAGGGAGCCUUCUGUCUCAGGAGAAGGAUCACCCCGAGGUGGCUGAGGCUGGAGUUGGGUGCCCCUUUGCAGGUGUUGGCUGCUCCUUCAAGGGAAGCCCACAGUUCAUGGAGGAGCAUGAGGUCACCUCCCAGGCCGCCCACCUGAACCUGCUGUUGGGGUUCAUGAAGCAGUGGAAGGCCCAGCUGGGCUCUGGCCUGGGGUACGGGCCCAUGGCCCUGGAACGGAACCUGUCAGACCUGCAGCUGCAGGGGGGCGUGGAGGCGGCCGGGGGCCUGGAGGUGGACUGCUACCGGGCCCCCUGCUCCGAGAGCCAGGACGAGCUGGCCCUGCAUCACUUCAUGAAGGAGAAGCUCCUGACCGAGCUGGAGGGGAAGCUGUGUGUGUUCGAGAACAUUGUCGCCGUCCUCAACAAGGAGGUGGAGGCCUCCCACCUGGCCCUGGCCGCCUCCAUUCACCAGAGCCAGCUGGACCGUGAACACAUCCUGAGCCUGGAACAGCGGGUGCUGGAGUUGCAGCAGACCCUGGCCCAGAAGGACCAGGCCUUGGGCAAGCUGGAGCAGAGCCUGCACCUCAUGGAGGAGGCCUCCUACGAUGGCACCUUCCUGUGGAAGAUCACCAACGUCACCCGGCGGUGCCAUGAGUCGGCCUGCGGCAGGACUGUCAGCCUCUUCUCCCCAGCUUUCUACACCGCCAAGUAUGGAUACAAGCUGUGCCUGCGGCUCUACCUGAAUGGGGAUGGGACAGGGAAGAGGACCCACCUGUCCCUCUUCAUCGUGAUCAUGAGAGGGGAGUACGACGCCCUCCUGCCAUGGCCUUUCAGGAACAAGGUCACCUUCAUGCUACUGGACCAGAACAACCGUGAACACGCCAUCGACGCCUUCCGGCCCGACCUGCACUCCGCUUCCUUCCAGCGGCCCCAGAGCGAGACCAACGUGGCCAGCGGCUGCCCGCUCUUCUUCCCCCUCAACAAGCUGCAGUCGCCCAAGCACGCCUACGUGAAAGACGACACCAUGUUCCUCAAGUGCGUCGUGGAGACAAACACUUAGGGCUGGCGGGCCGAGCCGUCCGCGCCCGAGUCCUCGGGGAGACCAGCUCGGAAGAGGGUUCAGCACAAUGCCCGAGGUCCCGGCCCCCUGUGCCCAGGACCCCAGGGCACGAUGAUGGGCCGGGGCUGGCAUCACCUGAGCCCGGCUGACAAAUUGGCCAGGACGUGCCGUCAACUUAGCGGCGGGACCUUGGGGCCGACCCAUGAAGGCGGAAGGUCCAGAGGGAGGUGGUGCAGGACUGAUCCCUCAGCACUGACCACGCAGAACUGGAGGCCAGAGGCCCACCCCAGCCCUGAACGGGGGGAUGCACUCUGGGCAAGAGCGGGAGGGUGUGGGGACCAGGCUGGGGCAUGGAUGCUGAGCUGGGGAUGCAGGACCUCAGCCAAGGGCUCCAGGGAUGGGGAGGCCGCUGCAGGUCACCGCGGAGACCGUGCUCGCUCUCUUCCUGCUCAGGGGUCAGAACUGGAACCAGGGGUGGAAGGGAUGGAGCCCAGUGUAAUUCAGUCUGUCCCAGGCUGGACUGAGUUCCCCGGCCCUGGAGGUGAACAAGCAACCACAGAGGGCUACACUUUGGGGAGGGUAUCAAACAAAGGGUGGAAUUAAAGACCUUUGAGGUUCCUUCCAAGCCCAGAAAGUCUCUACCUCUCAGCCCCCCAGGCCAGCUGAGGCCACGGGCUGCAGCGUUCAGGAGCCCCGUGCCCUCCAGUGGCCUGAUUCACCUUCAGCACCUCGCGAUGGGCGAGCUGCCUGCAUUGCACAGCCCCCACUGGGCCUGGUAGUCGGCUUCCCCUCUAUGCAGAGCCACGUGCAGGCCCUGUGUCCUGCGCCUCCCCCAGCCACGGGCCCCUCCGCCUCCUCCAGGUGAAACCGGGGCUCUGAGCUCCCAGGAGCAGCCGGUAGGAGUGUGGAGAAGGAGAGGGACCCACACUUUCUGUGCUGCCUGCCUGGGGGCCCCACCCUCGGCCACGUCCAGAAGCCCAUGUCACCCGCUGAACCCAGGUAACCACAUCUCUAGUUGACGGGUCAGGACCUCUGAGCCACCUGCAGACACUGUCCUUUUGUGUGUAUAAAACCAAAGAAAGAACUGUUCUUUAA